ACUGCCAAAGAGCCGUACAUUUGCUUUUUCUCUCAUCUCCAUAUCACUAAGCAUAUAAACAACGAGAGAACCCUCCAUAUACUCAUACAUAGUGGAUAUAUCAGUGUGUGUGUAAGAGACUGAACAAGAGAUGAAGCAUUUUGCCUUGGUGUUUCUUUUGGCCAUUUUGGUCCCUCAGGAGUGUUUCCAUGUCAGUGUGGAAGCAAGGGAUGAUUUCGUCAGAACCAGAGGCAUCCACUUCAUGCAGAAUGGAUACCCUUACUAUGCAAAUGGCUUCAAUGCCUACUGGUUAAUGUACACAGCUUCUGACCCAUCUCAGAGAUUCAAGGUUUCAAAUGCCUUCAGAGAAGCAGCAAGCCACGGCCUUACUGUUGCUAGAACUUGGGCCUUCAGUGAUGGUGGCUAUAGACCACUACAAUAUUUCCCUGGCUUCUAUAAUGAACAAAUGUUCACGGGGUUAGAUUUUGUUGUAUCUGAGGCCAGGAAGUACGGGAUUAAGCUCAUACUGAGCUUGGUGAACAACUAUGAAAAUUUUGGAGGCAAGAAGCAGUAUGUGAACUGGGCUAGGAGUCACGGCCAGUACCUUACUUCAGAUGAUGAUUUCUUUAGGAGCCCUGUUGUUAAGGGUUAUUACAUGAACCAUACUGUUCUCAACAGAUAUAACAGAUUUACUGGCAUGCAUUACAAAGAUGACCCAACAAUCAUGGCCUGGGAGCUUAUGAAUGAACCUAGGUGCACAUCGGAUCCUUCAGGGAGAACUAUUCAGGCGUGGAUCACGGAAAUGGCUUCGUUUGUUAAGUCCAUAGACAGGAACCACUUAUUGGAGGCUGGACUAGAAGGGUUUUACGGACAAUCAACACCACAAAGAAAGAGAUUGAAUCCCGGUUUCGACAUAGGAACAGACUUCAUCGGAAACAAUCGAAUACCGGCCAUUGAUUUUGCAACAGUCCACUGCUACCCCGACCAAUGGGUAUCGAGCUCAAAUAUUCAGUAUCAACUUUCAUUCUUGAACAACUGGCUGAGUGCGCACUUCAUAGACGCGCAAUACCGUAUAAAGAAACCAAUACUAGUGGCGGAAUUUGGGAAAUCAUUUAAGAGUUCGAGUUCGUACGAGAGGGAUGAGGUGUUCAAUUCAGUGUAUUACAAAAUAUAUGCUUCUGCUAAGAGAGGAGGGGCAGCGAGUGGAGCAUUGUUCUGGCAGCUUCUGACGGAGGGUAUGGAGUCUUUCCAAGAUGGUUACGGAAUAAUUCUUGGGCAGAGUUCCUCUACGGCCAAUCUCAUUGCUCGCCAGUCCCGCAAGCUGUACCUGAUUCGGAAGAUCUUCGCGAGGGUCGCGAACAUGCGGCGAUGGCAAAGGGCCAGAGCUAGAGGUGGAAACGGAGGCAGAUACAUUGGCAACUGAGUGCAUAUUUGGUUUUGUAGAUACAAUCGAUCAGGAAACUUGUUUUUGCGUUUAUUUUGUUUUUUGUGCCUAAAUAUUUUCAACUGCAAAUGCAUUAGAAUUACUUACUUUACUCGCCUGUACACAGUUAAAGCUUGUUUGUGCUGGGGAGAUAGACAUCUUUUAUAUACCAGUUUAUCUACCGAGUGUUGUUUGGAAGGCGAUGGAGGAUGGCCCACCGGAGCCAACAGAAGACCUUGGAGAUGAAUCAUAAUGUUUUCUUAUAACUAUUAUGUUUUCGUUGUUUCAGCUUCUCUCUUCUUUUUGUUUAUACAGAGCUAAAGCAGCUCUAAGUUUUUCCAUGUUGUCUACUCGUAGGCUACUCAACCUCACUUUAGUUUUUAACUUUGGAAACAAUGUUAUUUGUGUUAGUGUUACUACUUCAUAUUGGUAGAAAAAGAAAUGCAAAACAAAGUGCGAAUGUAAGUUUCAAUCAAAAUGUUAUAAACUCAAGUUAAGUUUAUACUGACAUGAUUAAUGUUUA